CGAAUAUCGAAGCAUUUUCCUCGCACACAAAACCGAUCGUAGCGUGUUGUAGCCGUAAUGUCUCGCAUUGUGCUACCAAUGAAUAUAGCGCAUUUGUUUUUAUAAAAAAAAGAAAAAAAAAAAUAUGUCGUCACGGUGCUAAAAAAAGAGUAACCACAUCACAACAAUAGAAUUUUAAGUCUUAAGCUGCAUUACCGCACUAUCGUUGUUAUCGAACAAUCUGUCAAAUGACAAUCGAUCCUACAUGAUAGAGGAUCUUAUUUCUCGCAAAUUGUCAUUCUUCGCAAAUCAUCAUUAUCGCAGAUGAAAGGAUUAAUAAAAACCCUGUCAAAGUGCAACAUCGUUUCGAGGUGAUUCAUAGUACCCAACAAGCAGAUCCGGCCUGCGGGAGUUCUUUGCAAGAUCGCAAGAUCACCAUUCUCCUCCUCCUUCUUCUUUUUCUGACAGAUGGGCUCGAUUCUGUGAAUGGGACUUCUCGCGUGGAGGAGCUGGUCUUGGGUGAUGCGAUCAUGAUGAUGAUAGCAUCUCGUCGUUUCGGGGGAGAGAUGUCAUCUUGUUAAUUACCAACAUUCGAUAGUGCUUCUCUUGGCAAAGUUUAUUAAGUCGCAGUGUUAACGAUCACAGAUAUUCUUUGUCUCUUGUUUUUUAUUGUUUUUGUUGUUGUUUAUAAGUUGACCCAUGGGAUUGGGAUUUGCUCUGCUGGGAGGUUGUCUCUGUCCUUUGGUGGCAUAUUUUAUUGAUUGCAACUUGUGCGUGAGUUUUUAUUAAUUUAAUGAGCAUUCUUAUUGCAAAAAGUUAGUCUCAAGCCCUUUCUAAGAUCGACAUAGAAAAAGGGGUAGUGUUGAAGAUCACUCUCGAUCACUGCUUGAUCACUUGUGAGUUCCAUAUCGCGUGUGGAGUGAAGAUUAAUGAGAAAUUUAUGGAAAAUUACAAGUUUCACACAAUUAUGAUGAUAGUGAAAUUGUUAACGGUUUUUUAAAGUUUUUUUUUUAUUAAGAAGAUAUUAAACAAAAAAAUUAGAUAGGAAACAAAAAAGGAAUACCAGUGUUUUUUUUUCAUUUCAAGGAAUCUUCGGAAGAUUUGUAUUUUUUUUUUUUUUUAAUUCGAAUGUUGUUCGAAAAGUCUUAAAAAAUGACUCAAGGAAUCCAUCAUUUGCCAUUGAUGAUCUUUCGCCGAUCAUUUCUUCUUCAUUUAUUUGGUUUGGAUCGUAACCCAAUUACAAGUACCACCCGAAGAAGACGAAAGAAGCAUCAUCAUCUUCUUCAUGGUGAUCUUCCGUUUUCCGCCAUUGGAUUAUUGUUAAUUUUGAUAGCAUUUGGUUCUUUGGAAACAAUUUCAGCGGCCGUUCGUGAUGGUAGAACUGCAUUGAUGCUGAGUUCUAGGAAUUAUUCGUCGGAUGUUGAGCGUGGUACAUCAUCAUCAUCAUCAUCAGGUGCAUCGGCAGCAUCAUCAAUGUCCGGAGUGAAAAUUAGUUCAGGAUGUCCACCAUCAGCCAGCAGAAAAUGUCUGCGUUGCAGCAUCGAAGGAUGUAUAAAAUGUCCAAAUCUCCUCGUAACCGACACACGCAAAUGUGUCGAAGUUUGUCCAUCAGGCUAUUCAGACCAAUGGUCAUCGCAUCCCGAUUUUAUGGGACGUGUUUGCAUCACAACUGGUAUAUCCGGACCACUGUUAGCGGCUCUAGCCGGUCUAUUUGGAGGCUUCUUUGUUUGUCUUUCAUUACUAGCAGUUGCUAUAGUUCUUGUAAAGCGAAAAAGACGACGAAAAACUAUCAAACAGAAAUUAAUCAACGAAAAUACAAUGGACAGAUCGGAUUUCCUACGUCAGUUGAAUGACAUGCGUCCAAAUGCUGAAUAUUUUCUAGGCAUGCUCAAUGACACACGACGACAGAUAAGAAAACUAUAUCUGUCAGGUGAUGCUGCAGCAGCGAAUUCAUAUCGACCGAUCGUAAGGGAUCUUGCAAAGAUCCUUAUUCUUCUGAAUCGUCCAAUCGAACUCAUACCAGCACCGCCACACGAUUGGAAUCGAAUAUAUGCAUGGUCCGAGCAAGCUCUGGAUCGAUAUAAACCCCAGGUGGGUCAGUUGAUAGAUUUCUUCCAAUCAAAUGGUCAGAGUGAUGACCCGCUGAGAGAUUCUCCAUACAAACAAACUACAUUUAAAAAUACAAACAGUCAAUCGAAUUCGCCGCAUAAAAUGCAGCUCUUCGGUUCGCUAAUAAGUCUUCAUGAGUUCGAAGAGCCACGGGCAUCAGAUCCGUUUGGCAGCAGCUUUAACACAUUAAAGGGCAAUCUGAUAACGGAUCUCAAUCAGAGCUCUUUAUGGCUAGAAGAUGAGUUUUUUAAACUUGGUUUUCGACCGCAGGACGAAAUUACGACUGAGCUGUAGUUUAAGUGUAAUGUAAAUUAACUUUGUAUUUUAUUAUAAUUUUUUUCUCUCAGUCAAAUUUGAAAAUAAUCAUUCAUAAUUUAUUAUUGAACUUAUUUUUUGUACAUAUUACAAUUAAUUUUGCAUAUAAAUAAUAAUUAAGAAAAAAAACGGUUUUACUGUUUCAUAAUAAGCUUAUACAUAAGUUAA